AAAAGGUUUGGAUCAUUGAUGUUGCCAUCCCAGAUGAGAGUUGCAUUGACGAAAAACAACAGGAAAAACUCAGCCGCUAUCAGGACCUCAGGAUUGAAUUGCAAAGACUCUGGCAGAAACCAGUGCAGGUGGUCCUGGUGGUGAUGGGCACACUGGGUGCCGUGCCAAAAGAUCUCAGCCGGCAUUUGGAAACAAUAGACGUUGACAAAAUUACGAUCCGUCAACUGCAAAAGGCCACCCUACUGGGAUCUGCGCGCAUCAUCUGAAAAUACAUCACACAGUCCUAGACACUUGGGAAGUGUUCAACUUGUGGUUUUGUGAUAUGAAAUCCAGCAUAUCUUUCUUGUUUGCUGUGUCAUAAUAAAAUAUUAUUAUUAUUAAUAAUAAUACCAAUAAUAAUAAUGCAGCAUUUGUGUCCUAUUUUUCUCCAGAGGUGACAUCUGACACUCAAACCAAUCAGAAUAUUUAAUUUAUGUGCCACUUCUCUCCCAUAAUGGAGCCAACUUGCCCAGUUUCUGAUUCAAAGAAGGAUUGAUAGAUAUUUCAUUGAUUUAUUUCAUUGGCUGUUGGAUUGGGACCCAGGACAGCUCAGUUGAAACCAGUAGACUUUCAAACCACAGUUCAAACCAUCGCAAGGGACGUGAUUGGCCAGAUGGGACCGAGUAGAAUGGACUUUGUUUGUUUUGUUUCCUUGGAGAUGAGAUAGAAUGUUGGGAAAGGUGGCUGGUCAGUUGAGGUGUUGAGUGGCAUUGGUCGGUUGAGGUGGUGAGUGGCAGUGUUCAGUUGAGGUGUUGAGUGGCAUUGGUUGGUUGAGGUGGUGAGUGGCAGUGUUCAGUUGAGGUGUUGAGUGGCAUUGGUCGGUUGAGGUGGUGAGUGGCAGUGUUCAGUUGAGGUGUUGAGUGGCAUUGGUUGGUUGAGGUGGUGAGUGGCAGUGUUCAGUUGAGGUGUUGAGUGGCAGUGGUCAGUUGAGGUGGUGAGUGGCAGUGGUCGGUUGAGUUGGUGAGUGGCAGUGGUCGGUUGAGUUGGUGAGUGGCAGUGGUCGGUUGAGGUGGUCAGUUGAGGUGGUCAGUUGAGGAGAUCACUUGUUGUGGUUGUUUGCGGUGGAGAGAUUUCGAGAGCGAGAGCGGUCUUGACAAGACAGGCGCCUACGACAUCGAUUCCCUUCUAGGCAUAUUUGCCAUUUGCGCUGUUCUCUUGACUUUUUUGCCUAUUUCUUAGUCAUGGUAAGUGUUGUUAAAACGGGACCUACUACUGCUUUGAAAUGGGAUGAGCUUUUAAAACUAACGUGGCUGCUUUCUCCUUACCCUUCAUUUAUAGGUUACUUAGUUUUUCAGUUCUCUCUGAGUGAGAUUCAAGGGGAUUUUGGAACAAAAUAAUAAAAAUAUCCUUGAGAUGUAGAAAGGAAUGAAAGGCUUUGUAAUGAAUAUGCGAGUAAAAGGAAAAUGUGGCAAUUUAUACAUGUUAAGAUUUUUGAAUAGGAGGUUGGUGGCUUGUCUAUGGUUUCAGGCACUGGGGAUGACUCUUCAACGGGUUUGGUGAUUUAGUUUAAACUGUCCAAGGUACGGAACCUAUUUUGGAAUCGGGGCUCAGCACCUUGGGUAGCUCUUUUAAGAUCCAGAUUAAAGCUAAAUUAAAUUCACGAUGUGCGGUGUGGAUUUCUGCUGCCUCUUUUUUUGGCCGUCCCAAAAAUCCCAGCAUCUUUGGAUGACUGCAUAUUUGAAUAUUUGAAAAGGGGAAGGAAACACUUUCAACAUCCCAUGUAGACAUUGAUGAACUUCUUAUCCAUUCUCUUCCUAAUCCUUGGAAGCUUUCACCCAAAAGAUAUGAUUUUGGAAACAGUUCAAGGAAAAACCUAUCGAGAAGGUGCCCUAAAAUAAUUUUCCAAGGCAUAGUGGAUCAUUUUGCCCCAAUUUCACUUGGCCUUCAUCGUCUUUUGGAGGUUGUUUGUUGGCCUUUCCCAGAGCCUGAGUGUGACUUCCUCCAAGUCUUCCUGUGACCUCUUUCAAGAUUUUAGAGCAGUGGUUCUCAACCUGGGUCCCCAGAUGUUUUUGGCCUUCAACUCCCAAAAAUCUUAACAGCUGGUAAACUGGCUGGGGUUUCUGGGAGUUGUAGGCCAAAAACAUCUGGGGUCCAGGUUGAGAACCACCUCAGUUUUAGAGGCUGUGUUGUAAGACUAGAGAGCUAUGUGGUAUAGUGGUUUGAGUGUUGGAUCAGGAUGCAAGGAGACCAGGGCUCAAAUCCCCAUUUGUUUUGGCCAUAGCAACCCACUGGGUGACUCUGGGCAAUACUGGAGGGAAUUGGGUGCCUGAGACCAUAAGAAAUACGUGUUUUCUGAUGGUCUUUGGAGACCCUUCUGAAAUCUCCUAAUAAUAAUAACAAUUAUAAUAAUAAUAGUUUUAUUCGGAAGGUCAUCCUACUCGGACACGAGUGAUUGCCGAUGACAUGAAUAGUUUUAUUUCCCCCCCGCCUCUCCUGAUGGCUUGAGGGGGGUUAUAGCAUGACUAAAGCGUAAACAAACACAUCAUCAUUUUAAAACAAUCUAUUAUAUAUAUAUAUAUCAAAACAUAUUUCGACAAAACAAAACUUGCAUACAGUAUUUGAAUACAUCAUUUAAAAUGUGAUAUAGCAGGCUGUCCUACCUGUGAACACAAUUUUUUGCAGUUUAAUACACUUUUCCCCAUUUUAAUGAUAGAACCAAUUCAUAUUAUUAAUAUUAAUAUUAAUGCCCCUUUUUAUCUCCCCGGAAGGGGACCUUUUGUUUAUUUCUUCAUAGAAUGGGAAUUCCACCAAGCAGAGUUAAGGCUCCUUCUUCCGCUAUUUUCUUGCAUCGGGGUGAAAUUCGGUCAUGUCCCCGAUUUUGCUUUAGGACUCACCGGCGUGUUUUUCUUCUUUUGCAGCCGAAAGGCAGUGAGACCAAAUCUGGAAGAAAAGGCAAGAGUCCUCAGGGCCCUGUCCCCGGUACAUCCAGGAGCAAGCCCAUCCAGAGCGGCGAAGACAAACUGCAUGACUUGGACCCGGAGAGCUUCAACAUAUGCAAAGAGAGGAUGCGGCCGGUGAAGAAAGCGCUGAAGCAGCUGGUCAAUCCGAAGAGAGGGCUGUCUGAGAAGGAUCAGGUGGAGCACAUCCGGAGGUGCCUCCUGGAGAUCGGUGACCACAUCUCCGAGUGCUUGAAGGCGUUCUCGGAGCAGGAGGAGCUCAAGCUCUGGAGAGGGAACCUCUGGAUCUUUGCCUCCAAGUUCACAGACUGUGAUGCGAGGAAGCUGCACAACCUGUACAAGAGGGUGCACAAGAAGCGGUCCCAGGAGGAGGAGACCGAAGCGACUGGCAGCGGGAGCGCAAGCUCAGCUACGGCGGCAACUCCAGGCAAGGACGGGGUGGAGAACGGCACCAUCCGUACGAGCAGCACAGGCACAAGGAGCACCACGAUGGAGACCGCCGCCCACGCGAGGAACCUCAUUGCAGCUCGGAGAGCUACCAGCCCAAGACCCCCUCUCGCAAGCGGCCCCAUGAGCAGGACAACAGUGACCGGGACCACCGGGGCCACCGUGACUCCUAUGACCGGCACCACCAUGAUCCCAAGCGGCGAAGAACCGAAGAGAUCCGUCCUCACCAGCAAGAAUUCAGGCGGAUGUCGGACCCCAUCGGCUACCACGGCCAGGGGCCUUCAGACCACCACCGCUCUUUCCGCCCGGAGAAGUCUGGUGAUUCUAAGAUGUCCUCUGCUCCUCCCUCCAAGUACUACGAUCCUCGCUCCCCACAUGCACAGAAAGCCCCACAUGAAGCCAUGUCUGUCUUUGAACACCGGUCCCCCCUGCAAGGGUUAUAUAGGGAUCAGAAGAUCAGUCCUGGAUAUAACUGGCACAGCCGGAAGACAUAAGAACCCGGAGAUUAGAUUUAUUUAUUUUCUCUUUUUGUAGGUAGUCUGUCAGUAGUUUCCAGUCCGUUCUAUGAAUUGAUGUUCUAUCCUGGGCCAAUUUUUGUGUCAGGAAGUCCACAUUCAUUAUGUCCAACACUUUAGAAAUCCAUUUUUCAAUACUAGGUAUUUUAUCCUUUGUAAUUGCAUAGAUCACUAAACCUUUACUUUUUAAGGUUGCCUUCUCAAUAGUCAUUUUUUAUAUACAUAUUUAUUUUCUCUUUUUGUAGGUAAUCUGUAAGUAGUUUCCAUUCCGCUCUAUUAAUUGAUGUUCUAUCCUGGGCCAAUUUUUGUGUCAGGAAAGCCAUAUUCAUUAUGUCCAAGUCUUUAGAAAUCCAUUUUUCAAUACUAGGUAUUUCUUGAAAUUUCCAUUCCUGUGCCAGAGUAGCCGCUGUUGUAAAAUAGAAUAUAAUCCUAUCUGUGUUUUUAUCUACCUGUGGAUUUGUGAUUCCCAAUAAAAAUAUUUAUGAUUUAAA